AGCACUGUACUUCCUUACUCAUCUAGUGAUCUAGAGCAUAUCUGGAGAACGGGUUUUCAGCAAGAGUACCUGUAUUAGGCUAACUGCUAGGGACCAAUCCAUUUCACAUCAUACACGCAGACAAGUCUUCCUUUUGAUUUGGAGGGAUACCGACCAUGCCGACUGAGACGCCCAUGCCCGCCCUCUCCGGCCACGGCCGGACGGUCUGCGUCACUGGCGCCGGAGGGUUCAUUGCCUCCUGGCUCGUCAAGCGCCUCCUGGAGAAGGGUUACACUGUCCGCGGCACGGUCAGGAACCCAGUUGAUCCAAAGAACGACCACCUGAGGGCGCUUGAAGGUGCCACGGACCGCCUCGUUCUCCUCCGCGCCGACUUACUGGAUCCCGACAGCCUUCUCGCGGCCUUCUCCGGCUGCGAGGGUGUCUUCCACGCCGCCUCGCCGGUCACAGAUGACCCUGAGAAGAUGAUCGAGCCGGCGAUCCUGGGCACGCGGUACGUGAUCACGGCGGCGGCGGACACCGGCGUCAAGCGCGUCGUGUUCACGUCCUCCAUCGGCACGGUGUAUAUGAACCCGUACCGCGACCCCAACAAGCUCGUCGACGACACCUGCUGGAGCGACCUCGAAUACUGCAAGAAGACCAAGAACUGGUACUGCUACGCGAAGACGGUUGCCGAGCAGGGCGCGUGGGAGGUGGCGCGGAUGCGCGGCCUGGACCUGAUUGUGGUGAACCCGGUGCUGGUGCUGGGUCCGUUGUUGCAGCCAACGGUGAACGCGAGCACGGACCACGUGAUGAAGUACCUGACGGGGUCAGCCAAGACGUACGUGAACGCGGCGCAGGCGUACGUGCACGUCAUGGACGUCGCCGAGGCGCAUGUCCGGGUGUACGAGGCGCCCGGCGCGCACGGCCGCUACAUCUGCGCCGAGAGCACCCUCCACCGCGGCGAGCUUUGCCGCAUCCUCGCCAAGCUCUUCCCGGAGUACCCCAUACCCACCAAGUGCAAGGACGAAGUGAACCCCCCGGUGAUCGGUUACAAGUUCACCAACCAGCGGCUCAAGGAUCUGGGGAUGGAGUUCGUGCCGGUGCUGCAGUGCCUCUACGAGACGGUGAAGAGCCUUCAGGAGAAAGGGAUGCUGCCAGUGCUCCCGCCAAACGACCAGGACCAACAACUUAUCACAUCAUGAUUAUUCCAUGUCAUUCCACUACUGGUCUACUUCAUGCUACUACAUAUGACGAGCUAUAGCUGAUUGAUAUAUAUAGUUAACCUUUUUAUCCAUAUAUAUCCAUGCACUCGUGGCAAGUUUAAUCGGUGCAUGCACGCGUGACAGCCACCGACCCAUAUGUUAAGUGCUGUAUGACGUACACAUGCAGCACAUCUGUUUGGAAACGAUAUGAUUGUAAUAUAAUACAUCUGCUGUGAGCCAUAA